GCUGAAAUAUCACCUAGUGUUCUUUCAGCUCCAAGGAGUAAUGCCCGUGUCAUGUGCCUGAAAUCUUCCAUGAAGUCCCUGGUCCACAAUCAUCUCUUUUUCCACACACAGCCCUUAAUCAGUUUAUGGACACCCUCUACUAGUGGGCUUCAGUGUGCACCACUGCUAUUUACAGCCUCGAUUGCUUUUCAGCUAAAUAGAUCACACUGAGAGCUCAUGGGCUAAGGGCCGGGGCUUCCCUCGCUUUAAUAACUACGUAAUAAAUUGAAUUAAUGUUUCCCCUUUCUAUUCACAGGCUAACCAUGGAGCCUGGCUCAAAUAGAAUAGACUAGAAUGUACUGGUCUUGGGCGCCAGAACUGUAAUUACACGCAAGUGAGGCAGGCCCUGCUGCGAAACCUCUGUUCGGUUGGUGCGGAUUAGCAUUGCGGAGCUCGGCUAAGCGAGCAGAGGGAGCGGGUCGCCAGCUGUGGCCAGGGCGAAUUGAGUUUUGGCCCUCGGCAGCCGCCGUCCGCAGUGCAGUGCGCCCUUGGCUGGGACAGGACCCGCUCGGGCGGUCGCCCGUGACCCGUGACCCCUGACCCGGGCGCUCGGAACAGUGGACCAAAGGUCAUAUAUGUUUUCCAAAACCUACGGGGCAGACCAUGAAGUUGAAGGAACUUGAGAAGCCAGCUGUCCAAGCAUGGAGCCCAGCCAGGCAGUACCCUGUGUAUCUGGCCACAGGAACAUCUGCUCAGCAACUGGAUGCCUCCUUUAGCACAAAUGCCACCCUGGAAAUCUUUGAGGUUGAUUUCAGGGACCCUUCUCUGGACUUGAAACACAAAGGAGUUCUUUCUGUCUCUAGCAGGUUUCACAAGCUAGUCUGGGGAAGCUGUGGCAGUGGGCUUCUGGAAAACUCUGGGGUUCUCGCUGGUGGAGGAGACAGUGGCAUGCUUACUCUGUACAAUGUGCCCCACAUCCUUUCUUCAGGGAAGGAGCCCUUGAUUGCUCAGAAACAGAAGCACACAGGAGCUGUGAGAGCCUUGGACUUUAAUCCUUUCCAGGGCAAUCUUCUGGCCUCAGGAGCCAGUGAUUCUGAAAUCUUCAUUUGGGAUUUGAACCACCUCAGUGUCCCAAUGACACCUGGAUCCAAGUCACAGAACCCCCCAGAAGACGUUAAAGCAUUAUCUUGGAACCGCCAAGUCCAGCACAUUCUGUCUUCUGCUCACCCCAGCGGGAAGGCAGUUGUGUGGGAUCUCAGGAAGAAUGAGCCGGUCAUUAAAGUCAGCGACCACAGCAGCCGGAUGAACUGCUCAGGCCUGGCCUGGAGCCCAGACGUAGCCACUCAGUUAGUGCUGUGCUCAGAGGAUGACCGGCUGCCAGUGACUCAGCUGUGGGACCUGCGCUUUGCUUCCUCCCCCCUGAAGGUGUUGGAGAGCCACAGCAGGGGCAUCUUGUCGAUGUCCUGGAACCAGGCGGAUGCUGAACUGCUGCUUAGCACUGCCAAAGACAACCAGAUUUUUUGCUGGAACCUGUCAAGUGGUGAGGUGGUCUACAAGCUACCCACACAGAGCAGCUGGUGCUUUGACAUUCAGUGGUGCCCUGCGAACCCUCCGGUGUUCUCUGCUGUCUCCUUUGACGGCUGGAUCAGUUUGUACUCUGUGAUGGGUAGGAGCUGGGAAGCCCCGCACAUGAGGCAGGCUGACAAGAUUUCCUCUUCCUUUAGCAAAGGCCAGCCUCUCCCACCACUGCAGGUGCCUGAGCACGUGGCUCACACGUCAUUAAUUCCUCCAUUGAAGAAGCCCCCCAAGUGGAUGAGAAGGCCGGCAGGCGUUUCAUUUGCUUUUGGGGGAAAGCUGGUUACUUUUGGCCUUCCCGGCUCCCCCGUCCAGCGGGUGCCACAGCCUUGCCCACACCCUGUCUUCAUCAGUCAAGUCAUCACAGAGUCAGAAUUUCUGACUCGGUCAGCUGUGCUGCAGGAGGCCUUGGGAUCCGGAAAUCUCCUUAAGUACUGUCAGAGCAGGAUUCAGCAAGCUUCACUGCCAUGUGAGAAGAUGCUCUGGCAGUUUCUGAAGGUGACCUUAGAGCACAAUUCCAGGCUGAAAUUCCUCAGGCUGUUAGGUUACAGCAGAGAUGAGCUUCAGAAGAAGGUGGACACAUGCCUGAAGAGUGACUCGAAAUCACAGGAAAGCCCUCAGCCUGAGGCAGUUGACCUCAAAAGUGACAGAUCGCUCACCCCUUGCACCCAGGCCUCCACACACACCGCCGAGGAAGCCUCUGCAUCCUCUGCCUUCUUUGAUGAGCUGGCACCUCAGAGCCUGACUCCCUGGGAGAUCCCCACCACAGAAGACACUGAUGGACUCCUGAGCCAGGCCCUGCUGCUCGGGGAACUGCGGGCUGCUGUAGAGCUGUGUUUGAAAGAAGAACACUUUGCUGAUGCUAUCAUCCUGGCUCAGGCUGGGGAUGCAGAGCUGCUCAAGUGGACCCAAGAGCGCUACCUAGCCAAGAGGAAAACCAAAACCUCCUCGCUUCUAGCCUGUGUUGUAAAGAAGAAUUGGAAGGACCUAGUAUGUACCUGUAGCCUGAAGAACUGGAGAGAGGCACUGGCCUUGCUACUGACAUAUUCAGGGCCAGAGAAGUUCCCUGAGCUCUGUGACAUGCUGGGAACUCGCAUGGAGCAGGAGGGAGGCAGGAUGCUCACCUCUGAAGCCAGACUCUGCUAUGUGUGCUCAGGGAGUGUGGAGCGGCUGGUAGAGAGCUGGGCAAAGUUCCAGCCAGUCUGGAGUCCCAUGGCUCUGCAGGAGCUGAUGGAGCAGGUGACAGUCCUCAGCAGGAGCCUGGAGCUCCUUCAGGGUUCUAACAAGAUGAGCCCAGGUCCUGCCACAACACACAGGCUCACCCAGUAUGCCAGUCUCCUGGCAGCCCAGGGCAGCCUGGCCGUUGCCAUGAACUUCCUACCCAGCGACUGUAUCCAGCCAGCAGUUCAGCAGCUGAGAGAUCGACUUUUCCACGCCCAAGGUUCUACUGUCCUGGGCCAACAGGCUUCUGCUUUCCCUUUUCCUCGAGUUGCUGUAGGAGCUGCCCUCCAUUCAAAAGAGACAUCAUCAUACAGAAUGGGAUUGCAGCCUCCUCGCCAGGUCCCAGCUCCAUCUGUGAGGCCGUCAUUAGUGAUGCCCUUCAGCCCCUCCCAUCCUAGCCUUUCUCAGGGCUCCUGGACACAGUCCUCGAGUGACUACAGAAUCCCUGGGCCCCAGGCAGCCCUGCCUGCUCAUUUUGUCCCUGGAGUAAGGCCUGCUUUAUCUGAGCCACAGCCAUUCGGAGGACAAAGUGUUCAAGCUGUAAACCCAGCUGGACUCUGCAGAGCAUGGCCUCUUCCUGGUCCCACUCCAGUCAUGGCGUCUCCAGACAUCAUGCAGUCUGGCUCUGCCCACUUGCCUGAAACUCCUAGACUCCUCCCUCUGCCUCCCGUGGGACCAAAGGGUCCCAACCCUCUGAGCUCCCAGUCCCUAGUCUCUCCUGUCACUUUCUCUGUGGCUCCCUCUCCUGGAGGCCCAGGAGCACCGUGCUCGAGUGCCCUCCCAAGCUCUGGCAUCUUGGCCACUCGUCCAGGACCCCUGGAUGCCUGCAAAGUUAUUCCAGCCUCCCAGGGAAACCUCCAAAGGAAAAAGUUGCCUGAGACAUUUAUGCCUCCAGCACCAAUUACAGCUCCACUUAGGAGCCUUGGCCCUGAGCCACAACAGGCCCUGCUGCCACAGCCCCUAGUCUCCAGUACAAGCCUGUCUCCCCCUGGAGCCCCGAGAGAAUGCAGCCUGCAGCAACUCCAGCCACUGCCUCCCGAGAAGAUGGAGAGGGAGCUGCCCCCAGAGCAUCGGUGCAUGAAGGACAGCUUUGAGGCACUCCUUCAGCGCUGUUCCCUGAGCGCCACUGACCUAAAAACAAAAAGGAAGCUGGACGAGGCAGCCCACCGUCUAGAAUGUCUGUACGAGAAGCUUUGCGAGGGGACACUCUCACCCCAUGUCCUGGCUGGGCUGCAUGAAGUUGCCCGAUGUGUGGAUGCAGGAAAUUUUGAGCGGGGCCUUGCGGUGCAUGCCCAGGUGGCGGGCUGCAGCAGCUUCAGCGAGGUCUCCAGCUUCAUGCCUGUGCUGAAGGCCGUCCUCACCAUCGCACACAGGCUGCAGGGCUAAGUGGGAUUCUCUUCUACCAGGAGACCACCUCUGCUGCUAUUUAUCGUGUGUCAGAGAGGGGGGAGUUUUUCAGCAGAGUGUGUAUUUCCCCCAAGCUCCUCCCUUGCUGCCAGGCACAGAUCCAGAAAUCUUGAUUUGCCUGUCUUGGCUCAGAAAAAUCAAAGCUCCUGUGGAGAAGCAGACAAAGUUAAGACGUUGCUAUGAGCAGAAAAUGAUUGCCAGCCUGCCAACUGCGGACCUCUACCACUCUUAGACCCAUGGGUGUGUCUGGAGUAUCUUUGGUGUUCAGGAAGGUCACUGCUCAGCUGAAGUCUAUCAGUGACAUGAUGUUACAGAGGAGCAACAUUCGGUGUGCAUGUUGGGCUCUGGGGUUCCCUCUUACCCCAUAAUCAAAGGCUUACUUCUUCCUUUUUUCUUUGUUUUGAUUUGUUUUCUUUCUUUUUUUCUUUUUUCUUUUUCUUUCUUUUUUUCCAGGAAUAGUAGGGAAAUGAGAAGACAACUUGUGAGAUUCUUGGAAAAUCAACAGCAGGGAGUCUAGGCCUAGAGGCUCUGGCUCGAAGGAG